AUGCGUCCCGACGCCAUUUCCGUUCUCGCAGCCUUACUAGCUGUAGGCGGUCUCCAGCUCGUUGCAGCUCAAGAUGCGCCUGAAGCGCACGUUCAGCGGCCGCGCUGGUACUUCCCGCAGGAAGUCAAGCGAACGAUUCGCAGAAACGCUGAGCCCGACCCUGGCUCGGACCUCGACGGUCUAUUCGACAACUUGAAAAUUACCCAAGCUCCGUCCUCCACGGCUACUACCACCCCCGAAAGCUCCGUCACCGCCCAGCCCCAAAAGGGACAGGAAGUCGUGGUUGUAACCAUCUCGAUCGACCCCAAGAAUCCCGAGAUCACCCACCGUAUUACUGGUACUACAAUCAUUGGCGGUGAACCGACCGGUACCACUACCACGACUACACAGAAGACAGAGGGUUCGAGCACAGAGGUCACCAGUAAGAAGAGCUCCGAGGCUGCAUCUGCCGAUGCGGAAACCACACGAAAGCAGGGAUCGCUGGUCGACUCAUCAGUCAAGGCUUCGACUACGCCUGCUUCGAAUAAAUCCUCUAGCGACGGUCUCAUUGGUGAUCUGACCUCGGGUUUGGGGAACCUCCUUGGAAGUGAUUCCACAUCCUCGACUGCAACCACCUCCUCCGAAUCAUCGGCUAAGACAACCUCACCCGCGUCUUCUACGUCUGCUGCAUCCUCCAGCUCAGGUCUCCUUGAUGACUUGAGCUCAGGAUUGGGUGGUCUUGUCGGGGAAUCAACAACUAGCAGCUCCGCCUCUGCGACAUCCACUGGCGCCUCUAGCGUCAAUAAGAUCAGCAGCGCAUCAUCGAGUGCAGCUUCGAGCACGACAAGCUCGGGGUCGGAUUUCCUUGACCUUUUGGGCCUAGGUGAUAAGUCUUCCACCGGCCAGAGCACAAGUGCUACUGUAUCCUCGAGCACUUCUAGUUCGUCUACCAUUCCAGUCAGCGUGCCUGCUUCCGCUACUAGCUCGCCGUCGACCACCCCCACUGGAAGUGCGACUGCAACUUCUGGUGAUCUCGUGGGCAGUCUCAUUUCAAGCGUGGAUUCUCUGAUUAGUGCCACCUCUACUAGCUCGCCGUCGACCACUCCCACUGGAAGUACGACUGCAACUUCUAGUGAUCUCGUCGGCAGUCUCAUGUCAAGCGUGGAUUCCCUGAUUAGUGCCACCUCUACUAGCACUGGUAGCACUGCUUUGAUUUCGAGUGCGUCUACGUCCGGUGGUAGUCUUCUGCCACCUAAGUCGACUGGUCUCAUUUCUGGCCCGGCAGGUACCAACACUGGUGUCAUCCCUACCCCAACCAACACACUUGGAUCAGUUCCCGUCCCGCACUCGCACAGCUCGGAGUCUACCUCUACAUCUGGAUCUGAAACUGUCUCUGGUUCUACCACCGCCUCGGCUCCUUUGUUAGGCACUACCACCACCUCUGUUUCCGGUACUGGUUCUUACGAGGGCUCCAAGGUCCCCAUGCCCACCUCUCACCCAACCUCCACCCCUCGUCCCUUGUUGACUUCGACGACUUCGACGACCUCGACAAGCGAAGAAGUGAGCACGGCCAAGCCCACCGUGGAGCCUCAGACCCCGACCGAGACGCCGGCGCCCCCCACCAAUGACACCGACUGGAUGCCAUCGACCAUCCUUAUCGUGCCUACUGUGACCGCCACCCAGAGCUCGACCUCCGGAGAGACCGCGAAGCCCACGGAACCCUCGCUUCCUGGCUCUAUUACCCCAUCGCACCAGGUGAACGUUCCUCCGUCUGACUCUAUGUUACUUCAGCUUGGUUUCAAUGACAAGCUGCCAUGGUCGUUUGUUGCAACCACUGCUUUGUCCUCGUCCCAGAUCUUCAACUACACCCCCCAGGCUAUUGAGAACGCUUUGCCAGCCCUCGCUGCCAAGGAUGGCCCAGUUAUGUUUGCUAUUGAGCCUUACUACAACUGGAAAAUCACUGGAUAUAACGCCACUAUUGCUAUCUUCUAUUUUCCUCGUGAUCAGGUCGACGCACUGCAAGCGCUCAAGGUUAACCCCAACUCUGCUCUCUACAAACAGGAAAGCAAACCCAUCAGGUCGUUAAUGGCAAUGGUUGACCCCACAAUUCCCCUCGAGUUCUCUGGAAACUACCCUAAUGGUAACAGCGACCCGUCUGGCGGUAACAAUCACGGCGGCAGUGAUGAUGGCCCAGACAGUGGCAACAACGAAAACACCGAUGGCUCUGCCGGCAGCUCCAAAGCUAAAGCUAGCUCCGUUGGAAUCGGAGUCGGUGUUGUGGCUGGUGCUGCCGCUUACGGCGCGGGUAUGUUCUGGGUUGCCCGCCGCUACCGCAAGAGAAAGCAGCUGCACCAGCGCUCUAGCUCGACCGUUGAGCAGAUGAGCCAGGGGGUUCCGCCGCUGGCUCGAUGUUCGCUGCCGGUGGCCGUGUCCCUAGCCAUGGUAGCCGUGGAACUGCUCGUUCGCAGAUGA